GCUGGAGGCUGCGGUCUGCAGUCUCACAUGCAGCCUCACCCAAUCACAUCUCUAUCUUUGAAAUGUCUACCAAUCAGAAUUUUUCACACACUACAACCACUGUGCAAUCAGGGUGCUGUUGGUGUGGGGAAUGACGCAAGUCUUUCAUUAUUUCUUGUGACGUGCGUUUGUGUUUACAACAAUCCUAGUGUAUGGUGGACUAUUUAACUCAGACUGGACCGGACCCCGACGGAGAUACUGGCGCCCCUUUUCCUUGGUUCUUUGUGAUGUAUGAAUGGAUCGUUAACAGACUCAGUUCAUUCUUUGUGCCCAGUUCUGGGCAACCGGCGCGGAGGCAGCCCGCCCCCGGGGAACCGCACAGCUCUGUAGCGGCCCCCUCCCCGCAGCACCCGCAGACAAGCAACGUCAGCCCGGCUAAGAGAAAUUACCAGAGUAUCAAUUCACCAUCUGAUAACACUGAAUGGAUUCAAAUUAAAAGACCACGACUGGAUGGCUUUGUCAGUGUUGUGAAAAGAAGGAUAACUGGUGUCGCAGGCUUCUUCAACUUUCAUAAUCCUCUGACUGCACCCAACAGCGACUCCCAGGGUGUGGACUGGGCUGACCAGGUUAUUCCAAAGCCAUUCGGUGAAAUUCAGAGACAUAGCCCAAAGAAGUGGUUACACAGAAUGGAGUUCAAACUGGAAAAUCUAACAGAAGAAGGUAGCAGCCGUUCAGAAAAGACCUGGCUGGAUUAUCGAUCCAAGGCUGUGCCGUCGUUCACAAAACCGAGUGUGACCGGUGCAGAGAGUUUCUCAGUGAAGAUGCAAGGCAGGAAUCCGCGGCACUGCCUUCACCAGGGCCUCCUGCCCUCUCGACUCCCCCAGGGCUGUGCAGUGCUGUCUACAGCAACCGCUGCCAGCCACACCCAAAGGAGGCGCUGCCUGGCAGCAGAGGAGAGUUUGCAGGAGAGUGGUAGAGAACAAUACAGACGUCUACUGGAGCUGGUAUCUGAAGAUUACAGUAAAACUGGCAAGCAGGUGCUGUUUAACAGACCAAAGCAGUCCAUUAGAUCUUCAGCUUCUUGUCAGUCCAACAGUUUCAGGCCAGUCAUCAGAAAUGGAGCCUGUUGCUCAUCAUCAAGAGUUUUGCCGAUGCGAGCGAACCACUGUGCUUCAGUAUGGAGAAAUGGUAGAUUUGCAAGACAAAGUCAGGAUCGAAAGAUUGAUACACACAUUCUUAAUUUGUGCAAGCAAGCAGCAGAAAACAAACCAGGUAGAGGAAAAACACCAGAAAUGGAAGGAGAUGGUAUGGGAAGACACAGCGAGAGGCUUCCCAGCACUGCAUCAUCAUUGUCAUUGUCGUCGUCAAGCCUCAAACCUGAUCAAGAGAAACCUGCCUCCAAAGAGAAGCAGCCUCUGGAUGUGGACCUGUCUGAAGAGGUUGCAGCUCGCUUGAAUCUGGGUGACGGUGACUCCGCUGUUUCAGCUAGAGUACCAAUCGCCAACAAUCAACCAGCUCCAACAAAGACACUGCAAGCAGCUGAAGAAUUCCCUCCACUAACUCAGGAAAUGGAGCAGGCAAUCCACAAGGCGGUGGGUCACAGAAACCCUGACGAAGUCCUCAGCAGCUCUUUCAAAUUGAGGAUAACCCGCAGAGACCUCAGCACCUUGACUCCUCAGAGCUGGCUCAACGAUGAGGUCAUCAAUUUCUACAUGAACCUCCUGGUGGCCCGCAGCGAGCGGGAGGGAUGCUGGCGAGUGUACGCUUUCAGCACCUUCUUCAUCCCGAAGCUGCGUGCCGGAGGAUACCAGGCUGUGAGGCGCUGGACCAAGGGCGUGGAUUUGUUUGAGAAGGAUCUCAUUCUGGUGCCUGUGCAUCAGGGAGUACAUUGGUGUUUAGCAGUAAUAGAUUUCAGAACAAAGACAGUGAAAUACUACGACUCUAUGGGCCAAAGAAAUGAAGGUGUUUGCCGGAUUUUAUUGCAUUACCUAAAAGAAGAGUUUAAGAGCAAGAAGAGCAAAGAUCUGGAGGUUUCAAAGUGGACCGUGACUAGCGCAAAGUCAAACGAGAUUCCUCAGCAGAUGAAUGGCAGUGACUGUGGGGUGUUUGCUUGUAAAUAUGCAGAUUACAUUGCAAGGGCCAAACCCAUGACUUUUACACAGCACCACAUGCCCUACUUCAGAAAGAGAAUGAUCUGGGAAAUCCUGAGCCAGAAGUUACUUUAAAAGCCUGAGAGGAGGCUGUCUCAUCCAACACUACUGUGCUAUUCUUGAACCUGGAUAUCUCCACAAACCUCUGUGUGUGUCGGUGACAGACGUACAUCUAGCCAGGCAGCCAAAGCAUUUCCACCAAUUCCAAAGCAUCACAUCCGCUGGUUCUGUGUGUGAUGUUAGAAUUGUACACAUUGUAUUUGAAAGAUAAAGGCUUUUUGUUUCUUUUGAAAUCCAAAGCUAGCAACAUUUGUAUUUAUUUUAUUUUUGAUUAUUCUUUCUUUUUUUUUUGCUAGCUGCAACUGUUAAUAAUCAGAGCUCUAAAAUAAGCUAAUUAGAGCUCUAAACUCAAUACCUUGUAACAGUACUUUGUUAGUAUUUAGAAGGGGGUGGGGCACAAAUGAUUUGUUUUAAAUAUUGCACCUGUAUGUUAGGUGAAAACCAGCAGUUGCCACACAAGUGUCCCCUCGCACACUAAAUGCAUUUGAAUACAUUGCUCUGUUUCACAUUAGUUUACAAGGUACAGAUUAAGUUAAUGUAUUUAAAUUGUGUUCUCCUCCCCAAUAUACUGCUGGUGUGUAUCUUGCUAAAACAAACAUUUUGAUAUGGAAGUUAUAAUAUUUAAGUUCUGUUAUCAUUUGUAAUAGGCUAUGUUAUUUAUCCACAGUCGUCCUUAUUUUGUGAAACAAAGUGUCCUGUCCUGUUCUGGAAAGAGUAAAACUGAAGUGAGGGUAACGGGACCCCGGAGAAUUACGAAAAACAUUGAUAAAACAGUUGUGCAAAAUUAACACCGUUCAAUGAAUCUGUGUUAUAUUUCUAUAAAUUUAUAUUUUUUAAUUUUAGAAAAAAUAUAGAAAGCUGUUUUAUGAAUUUGUUUGGUUGUGUGCAAUUGUGACAUAAAUAAAUAAACUACUUAUUUGUG